AACCACAGCUAAACGACCAAUGAAUCCACCAUUAAACGACGAAAGACCCACUGUGAAACAACGAAGAAAUUUACACAUUAAACAACAGAAGAACCCAUCAUUAAACAACGAAAAAACUUCCAUUAGACGAUGA